AUGGGCGAUGGCAUCGGCGAGAUUGCUGUCGAAGAUUACUCAUCAUCAUUGGAAGGGACUAUUUUGAAGGAAGUUAUAGUGGUUAAAGAUGCCGACUUGACCCAAAAAAUUUCUCUUGGCAUCAUCGUUGAUCCGAUAAGGAAUCGGCUUCUACCACACAAACACUUGAAUGAUCUCAUUGCCGGUGGAAAUUUUGAUCCUUUGAUUUUAGUGCGGAAUCACCCAAUUGAUGUAUUAGCUAAAAUGAAUGAUCUCCAAGAGUGCACGAGCUCGCCUAUGGUAAUCUCUCUAUAA